AUGGUUACAAGUGAGUCGCUUUGAGCAGAACGCGAACAGCGCCGCACGCCGGGGACGCGCUCCAGUCGCGAACGCGCCGCAGUCGCUCCUCCUCGAGCUCCGAUCCCGAGUCGCGCGGCGCUGCGCUGCGCUCGCCUGCCGGCCAAGAAGCUACGGGGCGAAGAAUGAGGAAGGAGUGUGCGCGCACCGGCUUCUCCCGCACGGCGCGUCAGAUCCGCUGAUAAGAUCGGCGCGUGCAUGGCCGUCCGGGAGGGUCGGCGUCCUGCGGAUCUCAUAUAAAAAGCGAGCGCGAGCGCGAAGCCGAGUCACUUAGUUUCCGCCGCCGCCUGCACGCUCGCGGCGGGUCUGCUCCUCCUCCUCCUCCUCCUCCUCCUCCUCUGCUGCUGCUGCUGGCCAUCCAUCCAUCCAUCAUCGACCGUCUCCUCAGAAGGCGUGGGAAGAACUGGACUGUAGGAUCCUUCUUGGCAUCACCAUGGAACGCUCGCAGAUGUCGUCCCUCUUCUCCCUGUGUCUCAAGCUCGGAAUUGUACUGGCGGUCUUGUUCUUGAGAAUUCCGCAAGUGAACACCGAGAGCCCAGAGCCCAUUCCCGAUCAGGAUGCCCAUCCGGUAGCCAACAGCACGCAUUCAUGCUCCGGAACAUAUCAGUGUGCACCAGGUGUGAUCCUUCCGGUGUGGGAACCCCAGAAUCCAUCCUUCGGGGACAAAGUGGCCAGGGCCACAGUCUACUUUGUGGCAUUGGUGUACAUGUUCCUGGGAGUCUCCAUCAUUGCAGAUCGCUUCAUGGCAUCCAUCGAGGUCAUCACCUCACAGGAGAAAGAGAUAACCAUCAAGAAGCCCAACGGAGAAACUACCACGACCACGGUGAGGAUAUGGAACGAGACAGUGUCCAAUCUCACUUUGAUGGCCCUCGGAUCCUCUGCUCCCGAAAUCCUGCUGUCGGUUAUUGAAGUGUGCGGCCACAACUUCAAUGCCGGCGACCUUGGCCCGAGCACCAUUGUGGGCAGCGCGGCAUUCAACAUGUUUGUCAUCAUCGGGAUCUGCGUCUAUGUCGUCCCCGACGGGGAGCACCGGAAGGUCAAGCAUCUGAGAGUGUUCUUUGUGACAGCCACCUGGAGCAUAUUUGCGUACAUCUGGCUUUACUUGAUUUUGGCUGUCUUCACCCCAGGCGUCGUCCAGGUGUGGGAAGGGCUGCUGACUCUGUUUUUCUUCCCGUUGUGCGUCGUGUUUGCCUGGGUUGCUGACCGCAGGCUCUUGUUCUACAAAUACGUGUACAAACGGUACAGAGCCGGGAAACAGCGGGGGAUGAUUAUCGAGACCGAGGGCGAUCGACCGCUUCCGUCCAAGGUUGACAUUGAGAUGGAUGGCAAGAUGCUCAACUCCCACGCUGUUGACUUCAUAGAUGGGACUCUUGGUCUGGACCUGGAAGACAAAGACCUGGACGAGGAGGAAACGAGGCGGGAUAUGGCUAAAAUCCUCAAGGAGCUGAAGCAGAAGCACCCUGACAAGGAGAUGGAACAACUAAUCGAGCUGGCAAACUACCAGGUCCUGAGCCAACAGCAAAAAAGCAGGGCCUUUUACCGUUGCCAGGCCACCAGACUAAUGACGGGGGCAGGGAACAUCCUGAAGAAGCAUGCCGCAGACCAGGCCAGGAAGGCUGUGAGCAUGCAUGAGGUGCGUUCCGACAUUGCCGAAAGUGACCCAGUAUCUAAAAUCUUCUUUGAGCCAGCUUCAUACCAGUGCCUGGAAAACUGUGGCACCGUGGCUGUGAACGUGAUGCGGCGUGGCGGCGACCUCAGCAAAACCAUCUCCGUGGAGUACCGCACCGAGGAUGGCACCGCCAACGCCGGGUCCGAUUACGAAUUCACGGAGGGCGUGGUGGUCUUCAAGCCCGGCGAGACGCAGAAGGAGAUCCGCGUGGGCAUCAUUGACGAUGACAUAUUUGAGGAGGACGAGAACUUCUUGAUCCACCUCAGCAAUGUGAAGGUUCUUACGGAGGGCACCGAGGAAGAGAACCCCGAAGCCAAUCACGUGGAGACCAUAGCCUGCUUGGGCGUGCCUUCCACUGCCACGGUGACCAUCUUUGACGACGACCACGCCGGGAUCUUCACGUUUGAAGAGUCAGUGGCACACGUGAGCGAGAGCGUUGGCACUAUGGAGGCGAAGGUCCUGCGCACCUCCGGAGCACGUGGGGUGGUUCUUGUCCCCUACAAGACCAUCGAAGGUACGGCAAAAGGAGGAGGCGAGGACUUUGAGGACAGCCAGGGAGUGCUGGAGUUCCAGAACGAUGAGAUUUUCAAAACUAUAAAGAUCAAAAUAAUUGAUGACGAGGAGUAUGAGAAAAACAAGACCUUCUUCGUUGAGAUCGGGGAGCCGCGCCUGGUGGAGAUGAGUGAGAGGAAAGAGGAAGAGGAGGCAGGCGGCGAGGAAGAGGAAGAACCGCUCACUGGGAAGGACGAGGAGGAGCGCCGUAUCGCCGAGAUGGGCCGGCCCAUGUUGGGGGAGCAUGUGAAGCUUGAAGUGGUCAUCGAGGAGUCUUACGAGUUUAAGAAUACUGUGGACAAACUUAUCAAGAAGACAAACCUGGCCCUGUUAGUGGGGACAAACAGCUGGAGGGACCAGUUCAUUGAAGCCAUCACCGUGAGCGCUGGCGAGGACGACGAUGACGAGGACUGCGGAGAGGAGAAGCUGCCCUCCUGCUUCGACUAUGUCAUGCACUUCCUGACUGUGUUCUGGAAGGUUCUGUUUGCCUUCGUCCCGCCCACGGAGUACUGGAACGGCUGGGCCUGCUUCGUGGUGUCCAUCUGCAUGAUCGGCCUUCUGACGGCUUUCAUCGGCGACCUGGCUUCCCACUUCGGCUGCACCAUCGGCCUGAAGGACUCCGUCACCGCCGUGGUGUUCGUGGCCCUCGGCACCUCGGUACCCGACACCUUCGCCAGCAAGGUGGCGGCCAUCCAGGACCAGUAUGCGGACGCCUCCAUCGGGAACGUGACGGGCAGCAACGCGGUCAACGUGUUCUUGGGCAUCGGCGUGGCCUGGUCCAUCGCCGCCAUCUACCACCACUCGCGCGGGAAGCAGUUCCUGGUGGACCCGGGCAACCUGGCCUUCUCCGUCACCCUCUUCACCAUCUUCGCGUUCAUCUGCGUCUUCGUGCUCUUGUACCGGCGGAGGCCCGAGAUCGGCGGCGAGCUGGGGGGCCCGCGGACUCCCAAAGUGCUCACGGCGCUGCUGUUCGUCAGCCUCUGGCUUCUGUACAUUCUGUUCUCGUCGCUGGAGGCCUACUGCCACAUCAAGAGUUUCUAAGGGAACGCGCUCGGCGAGAGUCCGCUUUCGGAGGAGUCGACGAGGAAGCUGAGGAAGAACUUUUUCGCGCUCUUUUUUAAUCGACAUUUUGUCAUUUUUUUUCAACGCCCCGCCCGUCCGACCUAUUCGCCCCCUCCCCGCCAUUGUUAAUCGCUAAAGGGAUGAAUCGCUUCUCGAAAACGAAGGGAGGACAACGCUCGGAAAGAGGCGGCCUUUGCGAAGGAGGAAGGAUUUUUUCCGAAAAUUAUAUUUCAAUAAGAACAGGAAAGACCAAUAUGCAAUGAGCAAAGAAUGAUCACUUAAAUACUGCUUGAAAGAUGUCCAUAUUGGUUCCUGUAUAACCACGUUUAGAAAACUAUUACUGUGUAGCAUGUCUCUUUCAUAGCAGCUCCAUGGAAACCCUAAUAUAUACUUUUACAUGUUUGUAGAAACAAAUGGAUCGGGGGAGGGGGGGUGUGUUGUUAAAAUAACUAAAGUCUGAGCCCAACGUAAUGCAGAACCGCACCGAUGCCAAACAAAAGCAGCCCGAAGACUAGAGAUGCUGCACUUCGCAGAACGAACGCCCCGGGGGGUCCGACCCUUCUGAACCGUCCUUUCGGUGCUUUCUGUCGGAACUCAAAUUAGGGACGGGAGCUGCCGCUAACAACCCGCCAACCCGCAGCCUCCGAUGCGCCCGCGCCGUACCCUACGCGUAGAGCAGGUAAUAGACUCGAAGCGUCCGCGUUCUUCUGUUGGCUCAUCUCGCCGCGCUUAGUGAAAUAUUUGGAUUCGUUUCUUAUCAUACACGUAAACGCGUAAGGAAACCUGGUAGUGAAUGUCGUUCAAAUUAGCGUCAGUUAACGCUGCCUACGCUGCGGUGCGUUAGUGCGGAAAAAUGCCUACCGUGUGUCUCAGUAAGAGAAACUUUUCUAAGGCUUUUUUAAAUCACUUCCUUAAAGAUGUUAACGGCCUCUUGUGCGGUCGCACGGCGCUCUCGCUCACCGUCCCCACGAGCUCUUCGGUGUCAAAUACUCGUAUCAGUGAUGAUUAUAUUUACCGUAACUCUUAUUUCUCUAUAUAUGGUGUGUCUGUGAGCAGCGGUUGUGACCCCUGACACCCGGCCCGUCGCCUCGGUGCCUUCGCCUACACCCGAGGAGGGCUCCCGAGGGGCGGCGGAGUCGUAUCGCCGCGGCAACCGCCGUUCCGCUUCCGGCGCGCUCCUCCGUCGUACAGGUCGGCGAGACACGUUAACGUGCGGCUAGUUAACGCGAGCGGCGACGCGGCCGUCCGCGGAUAUUUUGAACAUGUGAAAGUUACGCCGGAGAACAUGGGAGAGGCUUCGCUUCAGAGCACCGCUUAGACCACGAGAGCUGCAGGAACACCAAGGAGCUGCGGAUGGUACCUGUAUAUUUAUACAUUAGAAUUGCUUUUUUUUUUUUAGUAAUAAGGCGUACUGGAAGCCCACAUUUCUUACCAGUCUUUCUUUUAUACGCUAUACUCUCUCUUUAACAGCUGUAAAAUCUAUAGCUUAGAGCGGCUGCACGCGGAUCGUCUCUUUUGGGGUUCGAGCUCCUUGCGAGAUUCUCUUUGCCUUGACUUUGCGGCUAGAAGCGGCCUCCGAAGGGGCGCGCGCCGGAGGGCGAGGUCGCCGGCCGCGGCCCGCACGCCUCGCCGGGGGGACGCGGCCGUAAGGAAGGCGCCGGCGAGCUCGACGCAACGGUUCGCUUUUGUACGUGACGUUUCCUCGGAGCGGCGGAGCGGACGAGCCUCGGCACUGUUCCGCCGCUCAGGAACUUUAACUUUCGGAGCGUUUGUACGGAACUUGACCGCGCGGGGUUGCGGACCGCAUCCCGCGCUCUCCGACGUCGAACUUUUCCCGACUUUACAGCUCUCUUUAUCGUUUUUCAGGUUAAGAACUGGGUCUGGGGGUUUCUAGCAGUCUAGCUUGAUCGCGAGGGGAAAACACGCUGCGAGCUCUCUAAGCCCCGCAGCGUGAACUCGUAUCGUCCGUCGAAAGCUCGUUUUCUUCCCUCGUCGAAGCAAGUCUACGGCAGCGGAACGCGUCAUCCCAGGACCCCGUAUCUACGCGCGCUCGUCUUUUUUGUGCUACAAAGCAAAGGAAAACGCUGCGCUCCCGACCGUCGCUAAAAACAAAGAGGAGCGACCGCGACGCCCCCGCCGACCAAGACUUCGCCAAUAAGGGCGAAAGACGCGGAGAAAGAAAGCGAAGAAAACGAGAAGGAGACGGGGGAACGGACUGGCGCUCCGCUCUGGUAAUUGCGUCUCCCGCCAACGAAAACGGGACAAUAAAAAAGGAAAAAACGCGUGUCAAGCGCAGCCAUACGUCGUCUCGUCUCGUCACGUCGCGGCGGAGCUCCCCGGCCGAAGCCCUCCGCUCAGCCUCGUGUGUCUAUGGUGUGUGUGCGGCCUUCCGGCGCCGCGUCCUCCUGUGGCCCCCCCCAACCCCCCCGCCAUAUCCAUAUUUGGGAAUGUUUAUGUGGUACUUGUAAACACUGUGCAUGGAUGAAAACAUGUCUGUAUAUAGUAAGCAGUAUCCCAGUCAGUCCUUACCGUUGAGAAGGUUUGAAUGUUGUAUAGAUUUCGACGUAGGUUUCCUUUUUGUUGGUGUUCUGUUUUUAAAACGUUGAUUUAAUUCAAGCAUCUGUGUUCUCCUGAUCGACCGAGGGCAGUUUCCCCUUGCGCGUUCGGAUGGGUGGAAAAAGGCAGUAUCUGGUGUUCUUGUGCGAGAGGGUAAACGCCACAGGAAUGUAUGCGCCGUCGAGGUCGUGAGGCUACCGGGAUCAGCGGCAUCGCUACCGCUUAGACUUGUAUUAUUGUUCUUCUUAUUAUUAUUAUUAUUGUUAUUAUUUUACAGUCAAAAGAGAACUGUGUAAAUCAGAGGAUAUUUUAUCACUCCGAAGUUCAUAUGUAUAUAUACUGUACAGCGUUUCCAUGGUGACACCGUACACUACUACGUCCUUACAGACAGACAGUUCAGAGUAUUUAUUCUGAGACCCUUGGAAGCCACAAGAAUGACAAAUAUUGCCUUUUGUAGAAGGAGCUCUGCGAAGCCGGUUAUCUUGUUUUUCCUCUGUGCUCAGCAGUGUGUGUUUUGCAAUAUUUUUUCCUAAGCGUUCGACGACUCGCUCUCUCGGAAACUUUGAGUACAUCCGGAGAUAAAAACAGGGAAAUUCUAUCGGCCUGUCCACGCGGCAGGAGAAUUACAACUACGACGUUACGGUACAAGGUUGACGUCGGCUUCCGUUCCCGGGCGGCCGCGGGGCGGCCCCGGAGCGGCGGCCGCUCGGAGGAGCCCGGGGAGCCUCCGGGUGCCCACCAGUCCAGCCGCGUGGCGCUCGAGGGCCGCCCGGUACGGGGAGCUCGAUGGCGCUCGUCGCAGGAUCAUAGUGCACUUUACGAAGGAUCUACUAAUAUCUACUUAUGCCCUAUAUGUUUGACGUGUUUAAAAAAAAAUGAAUAGCCGCGUUGUUGCAGUUUUGUUUAACAAAAAAAAACAAAAAAAAAACGUUUUGGAAUUUGAUUGUCAGCUGUGUUUUGAGCAAAGUCUCGAAAUAAGAGUAAAUUUUAAUCUGCGGUCGAAGACGUAGUGCUGGUGAUAGAGGCGUGUCCAGGGUGACGUGUCACGUCCAGGGUGACGUGUCACGUCCCAGGCCGUGCGCAGGGCAUCGUGUAGGGAAUAGGGAAGGGGGGUGCGUUCAGGGAAUGAGGCUCAUGUCCACGCUGUGGUCAUGGUACGGUAGCCGUGCACGGCGUGUAUCGAUAUGUUCUCAAGCACCCUUCGUUACCUACGCCGCAGCCUCGUUCAGGGUUUGGAUGUAUUUUUGAACAUUUCCUUCGUCGUGUUAAAUUUUACAGGGUUCGGUGUGGGAUGUGUUUGUUGCUUCGUUGGUUUCGGUUUUUUGUUCGUUUUCUUUUUCUUUCCGAAAUAUCUGAAUAUCAUGAGUUCUGUUUUCUCUGUUUGUUAGUUUUCGUUUUAUUUUUUCGUUUCACACAUGGAAGGAAGGAAGUAUACACUAACUGUGAUUGCUAUACAUGGUACACUUCUUGACACAGAAAAUAAAGUUUGGGAUAUCCUGUUUCAAA